CUCAUUUACUAGCAUUUGUGAGAGGUAGGUCAAAGCGAGGGGGCACCUCUGUUGCAAUGUUCUCCCUCCAAUUCUCAUGUCUCUCAAUACCUACCCUCCAAAUCCCUAAUCCCAAUUCCAAACCCAAAUCCCUAAAUCUCUUCCCCACAUCCCAAAAUUUCAUCAAAUCCUUCUACUCUCUUAAACCCUCCAUCUCCAAGCUCUACCAGUACCCACCUUCAUUAAACCCUAACUCCCCGAGAUUCCAUUGUUCACUACCUGGACCACCUUCGUUAAGGGUACAAUGCAGUAGUAGAGAUGUGGAAGCCCUGCCUGAGGCCGGCGGAAAUGAGGGCAGUAGAGAUGUAGAAGCUCGGCCUGGGGGCGGCGGAAAUGAGGGCGGAAAUGGUGGAGGAGGUGGGGAGGAAGAGGAGGAGAACCAGGGACUUCUCCCUGAAUGGGCGAAUGUUACGUCGGAAGAUGCGAAGACCUUCAUCGGUGCUCUUGUGAUUGCUUUUGCGUUCCGGACCUUUGUGGCCGAGCCACGGUACAUCCCUUCCCUUUCCAUGUACCCCACGUUUGAUGUUGGAGAUCGCAUUGUUGCUGAGAAGGUUUCAUAUUACUUUAGAAGGCCAUGUGUUAAUGACGUUGUGAUCUUCAAGAGCCCUCCUGUCUUGCAGGAAGUGGGUUAUACUGAUGAUGAUGUUUUUAUCAAAAGAGUUGUUGCAAAGGAAGGUGAUGUUGUUGAGGUUCAUGAUGGAAAGCUUAUAGUAAAUGGUACUCCCAGAAAUGAAGAGUAUAUUCUUGAGCCGCCGACCUACAAUAUGAAUCCAAUUAAAGUACCCGAAAAUUCCGUAUUUGUGAUGGGUGAUAACAGAAAUAACAGCUAUGAUUCACAUAUAUGGGGUCCGCUUCCUUCAAAGAACAUACUAGGAAGAUCAGUAUUCCGGUAUUGGCCACCGAGCAGGAUUGGAAAGACAGUUCGUGAUGUAAGUUGCCUAAACUGAAGGCAAAUGAUAGUUCUGUUGUACAAUAACAAAGCUGUGUGAUGGUGAUUGAAAUUAGAAAAGAACAAUUGAUUGCGCAUUCAUUUGAUUUUUGAGUGAGUAGUUUGUAUUUUUUGUUUUGUGGAAGAGAUUCUUGUAUCACAAACUUGGUUCUUAUUGAAAAUUUUAAUUGAUUAUUGUCAA